GACAGUCGGUUGUGAGAGGGUUUCAUUGGAAAGAUUUCCCACCAGCUUCUAAUGGAGAAUAGGUAGAUCUGAGUGCAGCUUUUAAACUGAGUGUCACCUUGUGUGGAGCGUUCUCAGGAGGGGGAUGCGAGUGAUGAGAAUGAAGAAGCAGAGUUCUUCGAUGCCAUGGAGGACUCCCCUUCGUUCAUAACUGUGACUACUGGUGGUGAGACACAGCGCAAGCGCUCUGGGGGUAACCAAAGUAUGAGUGGAGGAGUGGCCAAUGACUGGACUCACAAUGAGAAUGACACCACGGGCACAAACCAGAUGCAGCCACGAAGGACAAGGCGCAGCCGUAUUCCUGACAAACCCAACUACUCCCUGAAUCUGUGGAGCAUCAUGAAGAACUGUAUUGGCAAAGAUCUGUCCAGGAUACCCAUGCCUAUCAAUUUCAACGAGCCGCUGUCGAUGCUUCAACGUUUGACAGAGGAUCUGGAGUACAGCGAGCUGCUGGACCGGGCAGCUUGCUGCGACUCCGCCCUGGACCAGAUGUGCCUCGUAGCCGCCUUCUCCGUCUCCUCCUACUCCACCACAGUCCAUCGGACCGCCAAGCCCUUCAACCCUCUGCUGGGGGAGACGUAUGAGCUGGACCGGCUGGAGGAGUACGGCUAUCGCUCCAUUUCUGAGCAGGUCAGCCACCAUCCACCAGCUGCUGCCCACCAUGUGGCGUCGCAGCGAGGAUGGACUCUAUGGCAGCACAUCACUAUUGAUAGCAAGUUUCGUGGGAAAUAUAUUUCAGUCAUGCCAUUUGGUAACAUUCACCUGCAGUUCCACUCAAAUGGAAACCAUUAUGUUUGGAGCAAAGUGACAUCAACAGUGCACAACAUCAUUGUAGGGAAACUUUGGAUCGAUCAGUCUGGAGACAUCGACAUUGUGAAUACAACUACAAAGGACACCUGCCACCUGAAAUUCUCACCAUACAGUUACUUCUCCAGAGACGUCCCACGCAAAGUGACGGGAGUGGUGGAAGACCGAGAGGGCGCAGCACAUUACAUCCUGUCAGGAACCUGGGAUAACAAAAUGGAAAGUGCAAAAAUAGUGGAAAGCAGCCAGGGAUGUGGAGGCACUGAAGGCAAACAGAAGACUGUCUAUCAGACUCUUCAGCCCAAACUGCUGUGGAAGAAAUACCCUCUCCCAGAAAAUGCAGAGAACAUGCACUUUUUCUCUUCCCUGGCGUUGACCUUGAAUGAACCAGAGGAGGGUGUUGCACCCACUGACAGUCGCCUGCGGCCGGACCAGCGACUGAUGGAGGCGGGUCUGUGGGACGAGGCAAACAUCGAGAAGCAGCGAUUAGAGGAGCAUCAAAGACUCGAGAGAAAAAGAAGGGAGGCGCAAGCUAAUCAGGCUCUGGAUGAGGGUCAGGACAUUGAGGGUUACCAGCCAGUGUGGUUUGAGAAGAGAACAGAUGAUUGUACAGGAGAGAGCACCUACGUCUACAGAGGAGGCUACUGGGAAGCCAAAGACAGACAAGACUGGAGCCUGUGUCCCGAGAUCUUCUAGAAACCUGUUAGUUGCUCAUAUUUCUCUUUAGAUAUGCAUGACACCAAGACUCAAGCACAAAAACACCCAAUUUCGGAUUUUUUAGCCUGACAAGCCAUCCAAUAUACUCUGUAUGUUAAUAUACAUGGUAUAGUAUAGUCUGGCCACACCCAUAGACAGAACUGUCAUGGGGCGGAAUCUUUGGUUGUUUCUGCUUGCAAAUGUACAGCGCUAGGACAAAUCAGAGCCAUGAACAAUGUAAAAUUAUCAUUAUCAUAUUUAUGAAAAUCUGCCAAUGGAGCAGUCCACCAUACACCAUCAAAGAACAAGAGCAAAAUUAUAAUAUUUCUAAAUAAAAAACUUAUAUUCCUCUAUCUGCUCAUGUCAAAGAAUAGCUCAAGUCUAAAUCGUUUUAACCAAGUGCUGUUCCUUAGACGACACCAUCUUUGUAGUUUUUCUCCAUCGCGACUCUGGUUCUAAGCCUGCCUAAUAUCACUCAACAAACACAGAGCAAUGUGAUUGGCUAGACACAAAACUGUUCGGACCAAUGGUAGAUGUGCUGAGGCUACAAUAGGAAGUCUAAGUCACUCCCUCCUACUUCUGCAUCAUGGGUCCCCGGAAGAACGAAAAAGUGAAUGCAAGUCAAUGGGGCUAAAAAUGCUAUUUUCUAAUUCCGCUUGUUACGUGGCAUGGAUUUUACAUAUGAUCUUCGUGAAUUGUAAAGACACAUUUUGAUACAAAGACUCACUUAUUUUUGAAUAGGGGGAAAUGCUAUUUUAGGUUUUGUGUAAAAAUAAGUCAGGGACUACAAAUGCGCUUCAAGAAAGUGACAUCAUCGAACCAGACAUGGAGAAAAACAGGGAAAAGGGCUGUAAGUUUAGCAAACUUAAAAUCCUUCCUUCACGAGGAACAAACCACCAUAAAUCUGGCCAUUUGGUAAGUAGCAGCUGUGCUAGGUUCAUCACGGCAUGGUUUCCCUCCAACGUCCGUGCGAACCUGCCUUACUCUGCCAAGGCCACUCUAACCCACGCAUCUAGCUUACCACCUGUGAUGCGAUGUUGUGGCUGCGUCUGGCUUGUCUUCUAGCCCGUCGGUUGCUUCCGCUCUCCGCUAUCCUGUCAACCAUGGCUCUACGAUACGCACCCUCGCAGCUCCUCUGGCUCAACCACAGUUCACCUCUACCGACGGACCUCACCACUGCAAUCUCACAGCUUGGACUUCUCCGACCUCGCCCCUACAUCCAUAGAGGCUCCUGUCGCAAGUUUGUUUACAACCUAUCAGCUGAUAACUGCAUCUCCACACGCUGGUCUGACUGUAGCUCCCGCUCCUUCAUUCAUCUGCUCCAAAUCUUCCACCUACGUCAUCCGAGCUCCAGUCGCAUGACUCAUGAUAACAUCCUGCUAUUCCCAACUUCCGCUCCACGAUUUUCACAACAAAAACGCAUAAAAUCUGUUCUACUCAACACCAGGUCUCUUAAUAAUGAAAGCCAAAUUAAACAGGAAUUUAUAACAGACAAUAUGCUUGACUUUCUCUGUCUCACUGAAACCUGGCAGAAACCCAUGGACUAUUUUGCACUAAACCAGAUCACCCCCACAGGAUACACCUACUUGGAUAAGCCUCGCUCUGAAGGCUGGGGAGGGGGUAUCGCCGUCAUCUAUCGCGAGGACCUUACCCUGCGCCCCAUCUCCAUACCCUCUGCUUCAUUCUUCGAACAUCUGGUCUUCAGACUUCCUGGAUCUCAAUCACUACUGGUUGCCAUAUUUUACCGUCCUCCCAAAAUGAACCAAAACUUUCUUUCAGAUUUCAGUCAUUUUCUUACUCAGCUCUCCUCCAUCACACCUUCUGUUCUAGGGGAUUUCAACAUUCAUGUUGACUCCUAAAUCUAAGUUCACAGCCGACCUCCUGGACAUUCUAAACUGCUUCAACUUGACUCAACACAUAAACUCCCCCACACACAGACAUGGUCACACUCUGGACCUAGUUUGCAAUACGCCCUCCCUGACCAUCCAAAACCUGCCGACUUUUGAAACUUUCCAAUCCAGCUUCCGUGCUCAUCAUAGCACUGAAACUGCCUUACUGAAAGUAACCAACGACCUCUUGAUUGCUUCUGACUCUGGUUCCCUCACCAUUCUCCUCCUCCUUGACCUCAGCUCAGCUUUCGAUACCAUCAAUCAUGCCAUCCUUCUUAACCGUCUUCAAUCAUACAGGCUCAGCACUCAACUGGUUCUGUCACGUUUUGAGCCAGGAGGAGGUUAGGACCAAAGAUGCAGAAAACUCCAGAACGACAAAAGCAGGUAGAAAAAACGUAAAAUCCUUUAAGGAAUAAAUGUCCAUGAAACCAAAAAGUCCAAAAAUAUCCAAAGCACAAAAACCUAGAGACCUAGUAGCAAAAACCUAGAGGCCAAGACAAACCUAAUACCUAAAGACCUAGAAGCAUAAAUCCUAGAGAUCUAGAGGGGGGAACGAGACAGCGCUGACACAACAACAAUGGACCGACAACACACUGAGAUGCAGACAGGGUUAUAUAUACAGGGGCUGGGUGAUAAAGGGAAUUGGACACAGGUGAGACUAAUAACAGAGGAGAGGAGCAGAACGGAGCAUGGGAGGAAACCAGACCUAACUAGGGAAGGAAGCAAAAAUGAACCAAAGGGAGACACUGACUAAAUGAUCCAAACAUGACGGAAACCUAAUGAUAAGCGGGGUGACUAAGGGACAUGUGAGGGAAACCUAGAGAGAACCUGGAGGGGGCUGGGGACCACAGGAACACAGAAACCUAAGGGGAACACCUAAGGAGAAAACCUGGAGUGGGCUGGGGAACACAAGGAGGCACAUGAGGAACACAAGGAGAUGCAUAAGGGGAGCCUAGAGAGGGAUGGGGAACACAAGGGGACACAUGACACAAGGGGACACAUGAGGGGGAUGCAGAACAUGACAGGUUCACUUCUUACCUCUCCGACCGCCACCACUAUGUCUCUGUCAACUACUGCACCUCACACACUGCCCUUGUCACCCACGAUGUUACCCAGGGCUCUGUGCUGGGGCCACUCCUCUUCAUCCUUUACAUGCUCCCCCUUGGUCAUGUCAUACGCCAACAUGGUCUCCACUUUCAUUGCUACACUGACGACACACAACUCUACAUCUCCAGCAAAUCAAUCAACCCAGCCAUUCUUCCCACAAUCUCAGGAUGCCUCUCUGACAUAAAACAUUGGAUGGAUACCAACUUCGUCAAAUUGAACUGCUCCAAAACAGAACUCCUCAUCACUGGUCCCAAAUCUCUCCUACCCUCAGUUCAAAAUAUUUUUGUACAAACUGACAGUCUCACAGUGACUCCCUCCUCUACAGUCCGUAAUCUCGGUGCCACCUUCGACUCCUCCCUUUCCUUCAAGUCCCACAUCAACAACAUCCACAGGGUAUCGUUCUUCCACCUCGGCAACAUUGCCCAUCUCCAUCCAUCCCUCCCUGACUCCACUGCCCAAACACUCAUCUUUGCCUUCAUAACUUCUAGACUGGACUAUUGUGACAGCAUUCUUUACAGACUUCCUUCCUCCGCCCUACAAAAACUUCAAUACAUCCAAAACUCAGCAGCACUUUUACUCACCUACACUCGCUCCAGGGACCACAUAACUCCAGUACUCAAACAACUUCACUGGCUCCCAGUUUCAUACCGGAUCCAUUACAAAUUGCUCCUCAUCACUUACAAAUGCCUCAAUAACCUUGCACCAUCAUUCAGAUUUUUUUUCAGAUUUCAGAUUUUAUUGGCCAAGUAAAAUUACAUUUACAAGGAAUUUGGCUUCGGUAGAUGUUCGCUCUCUAAAACAUACAACCACAAUAAAUGAGAAUAAAAAUAUCUGACGGACCAUAUCUGACGGAACUUCUCCAUCGCCAUUCUCCUUCCCAGCACCUCCGUUCUGCUGACUCCAACCUCCUUUCCCCUUUUAAAACAAAACAAUGCUCCACGGGGGAUCGAGCCUUUGCAGCCGCUGCCCCCACACUCUGGAACUCUCUCCCACUAAACAUCAGGAAUGCCGUCUCUCUUUCUACUUUCAAGUCACUGCUUAAAACCCACCUCUUUAAAUUGGCCUUCCCUUAGGAUCAACCUAGCAUCCCCCAGUCUGUUUAAUAUGUUUAAUUUUGUUUUAUUAUGUGUUUAUUGUAUUUUUUGUGAAGCGUCUUUGAGUGACCUAAAAAGUGCUAUAUAAGUUUGAUUUAUUAUUAUUAUUAUUAUUAUUAUUAUUAUUAUUAUUUUUAAUUGUGGUACAACAUAUGUGUGAUCCAGGGUCUAAGGCAAAGCGGAUUAGAAAAUAGCUCUUUUAGCCCUGUUGACUUGCAUUCAUUUUUUCGUUCUUCUGGGGAUCAAUGAGCCGACCGUAUAGGGAGGAGACCUGGGCUCCCUAUGGAGCGUAGCUAGAGCAAAUUGCAGAGCCAAAUCCUUUUGCUACCGCUACGGUCUUUCCAGAUUUCUAAGCUAUGAUCUACUCGCUUAGAUACAGCUGUGUUUCUGGGAUGCAUGGCUUUAGUGAAAGCUGCUUUCUGGAGUUUUACCCUUUCAGAAAUUAUGUAUGAUUUGUCAGAAAUCCAUAAAAGUGAUUAUCUUAUCAUGUACUGUGAUAUAAUAUAAGCAAUACAUCUUUUUUUUUUGCUAAGCACGCCCCCUGCUCCGCAGAGCUCCGUGCAAUAGGAAACUGAGCGCCGACAAGAACUAACCAAUAGCUUAAUGGGCUCGACACACGGGAGGCGACAAACGACCGCGAUCAGCGAAAUUUGUCGCCGUUGCUUUUAUUACCUGACACACGGGAGGCGAUCCGUGGCAGCGGCCAGCGGCAAAGCCGUCUACGCGUUCUGUUCCAUGGCGAAAUCGAAACUUCCGUUGUUUUGUUUGGCUGUGUCAGGUUGGAGGGAAUUAAGGUUAUUUAAGUGGUUCAGAGUUAAUAAAGUGGUAGAUAUGAUGUUUCACAAGGUGCUGCUAGAGUUAUGUGAAAUCUAACUUCUGAUUUUAUUAUAUAAAACAUAAUAAUAAUCAUCAACUUCUCCUCCAUGUUUGUACGGAGCAUCCUGUCCGCUCAUUGGUCUGUGAAUGAAACCGUUGAUUGGUCCUCGUCCGAGCGACAGCGAUGAAAAGUUGAAAAUGUUUCAACUUUCUGGGAUUGCGUCGCUGGGCCGCCUGUGCACGACACGUGCACGAGCGCAAAAUUUCACAUGCACGUUUUUUGCGUUUUGCUUGGUAGGAGGGAGACCCGCGAUUAUCGCUUUGUCGCGCAUGUCUCAUUGAAAAUGAAUGGAGGAGAGGCGAUGUCGCCUCCCGUGUGUCGAGCCCAUUAGACUACCGCUUAGAUGCUUCACAUUUAAGGAAUACCUCGGCUGAUGCAGAGUUGAUGAAUUUUUCACGGACAAGAAAGUCUCUAAAAUAUGAAUAUAUGAAAACACAACAUGACAUGAGAAUAAUACUCGUAAAACAAUGUGUUUUAGCUCUGUUUGUCGGCUACAGAAGCACAUUUAUAAACAGAAAUGUGAAGUCGCCAUCUUAAAAAAACUGAGGAACAGCGGUUUUGUGUGAUACGCUUGUCAGCCACUAGAUGGUGCCAUCGGAUAAGAGAAAUACUACAGAAAGAAGCUUUAAUGCUGUACAGAACAAAAUUAUGUAAGUUAUGUCAGGUUCUGUGUGUUUGAUUGAAACACGGUUGAACAAGAACUAUUUUUGCACUGAAGCACACUUGGCUGGGACUGUGAGCUAACUUGGGGGCAUGAAGUGCUCUGGAGAUCUGCCACAAGCACUGAAUGUUUUCUCCACUUAAACGUUGGAAGAAGCACAAGGUUGUUAAUUUUCUGUUAUUCAAACAGCUCUGACAGAAACACCAAACUUUGAACAAAUUUACGUCUUCUUCUGCGCUUUAAAGUUUACUUUACCUGCUGCUUCUUUGGUGAUUUUCCGUUUCACCGUGCACCAAGAACAUUCUUCCUAUCUUUUAGAAUUGAUGCCUGAAACAAAGUAGGUGCCGGUCAUAGGUGGAUAUUUAAAAACACUUCUUCUGUGCUAAAACUAGAUUUCUACUUCUGAUGAAGGUGAUGGUAUUCAUUCCCAAUGGUGACUUAUUAUUUCCCUUCAUCAGUCUGCACUUAUGUGUCUGCUACUUCAAAUCAAACAAGUAUUUAUUGUUUAUUUCCAAAACAAAAUACUUUUUAUGGCACCUCUGGUUCACCAUGGGUCCCUGAAACGUCCACAGUUAAGUGAAAAUGCUGUGUAAUUAUAUUGCCCAUCAGAUGAACUGUUUUGCUAGAAAAACUAAGUAACACCUCAUGAGAAUGUGCCCAAAGUACUUAGAGAAUUUCCUGAAUACUGAAACUGAGUUACUUUAAUGUUGGGUUUUUUUUCAGUCAAUAACUUAAAAUCUGGGUCUAAGUAGGUGUUUCUCUUCAGUGUUGCCCACUCAGGACAAGGGACUGAAUCAAGAACAGAUUCCAUCUAAUUCUUUACUUUCUGAGAAACAAGUUUAAGGUGCAGUAAGAAUAAAGUAAGAUGACAUCCUGUGGUCAAAUCCUGUGGUUAUCACAAUCUCAUGAGUUUCAUGGCUGUUGCCAGUUAUGGGUCAGCACCAGAAGAUUCUAGAUAACAAGCAAAGACGAGUCAUACACAGUAAGUUGAUAAGUAGAAAAUUACAUUGUCAUAGCUGGUGCUAGCACUCCCUGAUGUUUUACAGUAGAGAGCACUCACUACGUUCAUUACUGUAAUAUGCCUCUGGCAUAGAGGGUGUUGUUUUUACCUCUUGGCUGUUAGCUUGCGGUUAUAGCUCUGAACAACUCAUUAAAGCAAGUAAAACGCCACGUUUGAUUCAUUCACUUCACACACAUUUCACUGUAAUAUCCAGUUGUUUGAAAUUUUAAAAGUAGCUUGCGAUACUUUUAUAGCUGACUAUUUGCUUUUAAUUUACCGUUAGCAGUGAUAGCUCAACGUUAGCCUCUAGCCUUCUUGGCCCAACAGAGUAAAAAAAAUAAAGAUGACGUGGCUUUUUAGGGUACAAGAAAACACUUUUGGGUCACUGUUGUUACUUGCUUCAGUUCUUUAAACAAUUCUGUGACCUUUUGAGUGCCGUAGUCGAGUUGCAAAUGCCAGCGCUGCAGCGUUAGCUCGCAGAAGACAUGACAACCCCACACUCACUGAUGGUAAACAGUGGCUAUGUCUGUCCUUCUUUUAUUUUGAAAGGAGAAAAUCUGGCAACCUCCUCAGCCGACUAAGAAUGAAAAAUGUUUCAGGAUAAUCAUCGUUCCAACAUGAUUGAGACAUUAGCCUGUUUUGGAAUUUUUUCACUGUAAAAAUCUUACUUUAUUUGUACACACUGCACCUUUAAAUCAUUUGGACAUUUUCUAAAUUUCAUAAUAUUUAAUUACAUUAUAAGUGGGUUGACUAAUUAGUUUCCAGUCUGCCUCAUCUUCAUCUUCUUCUUCCGCCUCUUUGGGCUUUUUCCUUUAGGGGUGGCCAAAACAAAUCAUCUGUCUCUGUUUAGUCCUAUAAUUACCAUACCAUACCAUACCACCUUUAUUUAUAUAGCACUUUAAAAACACAGCCAUACGGCUGACCAAAGUGCUGAACAGUCGCACAAUAACAGAGAUAGAAAACAUAAAACAGUACUAUGAAAUACAACCAACAGUAAAAAAGACAAGCCGAUAAAAAAUUACCAAUAAAAACCUUACAAUGGAUGAUAAAAUAAGAGUAGUAAAAACCAAACUAACAGCUAACUAUUAAAAGCAAGGGUAAAAUAGUGUGUAUUUAGUCUAGACUUAAAAUCUGCCAAGGUGGAUGUCAGUACAACUGUGACUGGAAGUUCGUUCCACAGUUUAGGACCCGCGACAGAGAAAGCUCUUCGUCCGCAUGAUUUGUAACACGCUUUCGGGACCUCGAGGAGCAACAGGCUGGAGGACCUGAGUGUACGACCAGGAGUAUAAAUUGAAAGAAGAACAGAUAAGUACACAGGGGCAAGACCAUGGAGGGAUUUGAAAACAAAAAGUAGCAUUUUAUAUUGGACUCUGAAAGUGAUGGGCAACCAUUGAAGGGAUAAUUAAUUUAAAAUCAAUCUUGUUUAUUUAUGUAUUUAUGUAAGUGCCCAGAGAUUUUUGUUCCAUUGUUGUUAUGAAAACUAACAAAAUUAGAAAAACUCUCCAAGAAUAAUGAAAGUCACUUUUCAAAAAUUUAAAUACAGCUGUUGACUUAAAGGCUUUUGAAAGCGCCUAAUUUGUUCAGAUUGUAUCUGAAGUAAUCAUAUAAACAUAUUAAGAAUCGACCAUAAGACAUAUUAACCCUCCCACAUUGAGCAGGGUUGAUGGUUUAUCCCUUGGGUCCAUGUGGCAAGGGUGAGGACUGAGCACCACCUCACCCUUGCCCCGUGGACCUCAAGAGAUAAACCAUCAAUCCUGCUCAAUGGUCAACUUUCCUCGCGGGUUCACCUAUAAAGACAGUGGGAGGGUUAAAGAAUAAAUCUGCUAAACAUUCAGGAUUUUAUUGGUGCUUAUUGGGAAUUUUAGCCUUAAUUACAGUAUGUCAUACUUGUGAAUCUUUUGUACAGAAGAUGGACACAUGAAAAACAUUUGUGUUUUUAUAAACAUGUAUCCUCAAUCAAAAGUUUAGGACACUGACACCAUAAUAAACCUUUGCUGCUUCAUUAACACAUUAUAUUCCAGCAAUAAUACAAGCUGAAAAGCAACAAACAUACUUUGGAGAACUUAUUAUUAUAGUAUAGUAGCACAUCAGAGCAGGAAUGUGGUAUACACGUCAGUCAAGUGUCAGAAAGAGGCAUUAAGAAAUUAGCUACCAGCACGUUAGCAGUAAAUACCAUCUCUAACUGGUCUGCUCCUGUUUAUUUAUACCCCAUCUGUGUUUAAAAGGGCAUGGUGCACAUGUAUGACACUACCUGGUUGUUUUAUGCUUUGUAUAUAGCAACAAUACAAUAGAAGUAGAAGCACAUUGAUGAAAAUCACAAGUAUAAAUAUUGUUUACUUGAAUAAUCAUAUUUCAAUCGUCACCAUUUAUUCUAGGUGUAUGGAGUUGAGACCAAACACUAACGAGGUUUUGCAUAAAAACCCAUCAUGAAUGUAAAAUAAUGGGAUACAUCAUAUAAUAGUGAUUAUGAACAUACAAUGCUGUUUAAAUGAAGCACAAAACCAUGUUUAUCUUAUGAUUCAUGCUAAAAGUUUUCCAUAUAGCAACAUAUACAGCAGCUAUGCAUGGUUUUAGAGUGCUCGUGCACUACUGUAGCGAGAAGCCUUUUCACAUAGCGUUGUGGAUUAUAGAUUAGAUUUAAUGUGGAUUCACCUUUUGUGCCCAAUUACCUCAAGGGAUUUGACAUAUUUCAGAUGAAAUAAAUAUAUUAAAAUGAUACUGUGCUAUUUGUUAAUGUUAAAUCCUUGUUUCUGUCAUUUACCUCUCUGUAGACGACGGUUAAUAAAUGAGAGAUCUAGAAAAAGAGAAAACAACACAUUCAUGGGAAAACACAAAAACUCCAUGCAGAAAGUCUGUAGUCACUCAUGAUUUGAACCUAUGACCUUCUCACUGCGAGGCAAAAGUGCUGCAUGGUGGUGGUUUUGGUAACAUCAUUACCUUGCAAGCAACCUUUUGGCGAGGUGUUUGUAUGUUCUCCCUGUGCAUGUAUGAGUUUUCUCCACAGGCUUUCCUCCCACAGGCUAAAAAAAACAUGAAUGUCAGGUGGGCAAAAUUGUCAGCAGAAUAAACAUAAAUUAGCCCUAAAUUCGACUUUCAAUGUCAAAACACAUAAGUUCACAAUGUGUCAAGUUAAAAAAAUAACUAAUUUUGAUCAAAAUCUCCACCUUUGCUCUUGGAAACCUGCAUCUUUCAUGAUGCAAGUUAAGAUAAUUUUAUUUAGUUUUUCAUUGACAUUUGAUCAUUUGUAAAUGAACAUUUUCCCCUGGAUCAUUAAAAAUAUCUUGAUUAUCA